GCGGCAGCAGGAGGAGGGAGGGCCCCGCCGCCCCGCGCCCCGCCCCCAGCCCCCGCCUCCGCCAAUCAGCGGCGCCCGGGUGGUGUCGGAGUCCGGAGCUCGGCGCUGCUGCCGCUCAGAGUGAGAGGAGACGGGAUGGAGGUGCCGGCUCCCCCCGCUCUCAGCAUCAGCAGCAGUAGCCUGUCCGGCCCGGGGGCCGCGGGGGCCAGCAGCAGCGAGUGUCGCAUGGUGGAGCUGCACGGGGUGCGGGUGGCGUCCUUCCUGCUGGGGGGGCAGGAGCUCAUCUGUCUGCCCCAGGUCUUCGAGCUCUUCCUCAAGCACCUGGUGGGGGGGCUGCACACCGUCUACACCAAGCUCAAGCGGCUGGACAUCACGCCGGUGGUCUGCACGGUGGAGCAGGUGCGGGUGCUGCGGGGGCUGGGGGCCAUCCAACCGGGGGUCAACCGCUGCAAGCUCAUCACCCGCCGGGACUUCGAGACGCUGUACAGCGACUGCACCAACGCCAGCUCACGACCGGGAAGGCCCCCGAAGCGGUCGCUGGGAGUCACCAUCCAGGAGAACGCACGUUUGCUGCCCCACGGAGUUCCAGGUCUCUUGUCUCCGGGACUGAUCUCCCCCACAGGCAUGCAAGGAGAAUUUUCGUCUGGAUGGCAGCAGUUCAGAAAUGGACUCACGGCCGCUGCUAUGGCGGAAGCGAUGAAGCUUCAGAAGAUGAAGUUGAUGGCAAUAAACAGUCUUCACGGGAGCGGCAGCCAGAACGGAACAGAGUCCGAGAACGAGGAGCUCAACUCUAACGCAGGUGGAAGUGAAUCCUCGUGGGAUAAGGAGAAGCUCCAGUCUCCGAUCACCACCAGUGGCUCUCAGCAUGGACUAGGACACGUCACUUUGUCCGGACAGUCCGGGAUCGGAAGUACACAUCCGUUGAGUCCUCUCCAACAGAACCACCUCCUGGCCAACAGUACGUAUAGAUUAGAGAUCCCGUUCAUGAUGAUGCCUCACCCCCUCCUCCCCGUGAGCCUCCCUCCUGCAUCCGUUGCCAUGGCAAUGAAUCAGAUGAAUCACCUUAAUACUAUCGCCAACAUGGCUGCAGCUGCUCAGAUGCACAGUCCUCUGUCUAGGGUGGGAGCGUCUGUCAUAAAGGAAAGGAUCCAAGGCAGUCCUUCACCAUCGCCAUCCCUAGAUGACCCCCAGCGGCCAGGCAGCCACGCCUCCUCACACCAGAGCAGUAGCGUCUCCAGCUCACCCUCACAACUGGACAACAUAGCUGACCGAGUCGCCAUGUUACCAAACUCCAGAGACGGAGAUAUCCCGGAACAAGAUUCUGAAACCAGUAUAAAGAAGAUGUCAAAAGAGAAAGUAACGGCUGGCCUUGCUAAGUAUAGAUUUGGACCUGCUAAUGUUUGGUGGCCCUGUACGGGGACUUCGCUGCUUGAACUACACCAGACGCCACCUGCGUGGCGGGGACAUCGUGGUGGCAGGUUAUACAUCGGUAACCAUGACAUCCAAAUCACUAUUCCAAUAAUUAAACCAACCUUGGACAAAGUUCAGCUGGCGGGGCAAACCCUUCCUCCUGGGUUCCCAGCGCCAUUCCUCUUUGCCGACGGGCUGUCAUCCGUAGAAACUCUCCUCACCAACAUUCAGGGCCUUCUAAAAGUCGCAGUUGACAACGCCAGAGUACAAGAAAAGCAAAUACAGCAGGAAAAGAAAGAUUUAAAGAUGGAGCUUUGCCGGGAGAGGGAGCUGAGAGAGAGCCUGGAACGGCAGCUGACGGCGGAGCUGCAGAGCCGAGCAACAAUUCAGAAGCGCUUGAAGAAAGAGAAAAAGGCCAAGAGAAAAUUACAGGAGGCCUUGGAGUUUGAGUCGAAGCGACGGGAACAAGUAGAGCAGGCACUUAAACAAGCCACGACAGGAGAGGGUCUCCGGAUGUUAAACGAUGCCUGUAUCCCUGAGAUGGAGACAGAACACAACGGUUCCCAACAUGACAGCCCCCCCAUGCAAGAAAACAGGACGUACAUAAAACCUCCGAUUAUGUACUGAAGAUGAGGUCGGAGAUUGCGCUGUUCGCCGGAAUGGACGCUCCCAGCCUUUGCUGCCUUCAGUAUGAAAAGACAGACCGCGAAUUGAAGCAUGAAAUGUGGAGGACUUUUUUUCGAGCUGUUUCCGCAGUUGCUGCAUCAACAACUGCUCUGUCAUACCGAGGAAACGGAGAGAUUUCCUGCAAGACGUUCCUAUAAGGCCACCCCGCGGUGACACCUAGAUCAUAGAUCCCAAAAUAGAAGAGAAAUUGACAUUUUAAGCACAUCUACUACAACCACAAUCCCUCUUCCCACACGGAUUUGUUUUUCGCUAACCAGGAAUAAUUUUAUUCUCCAGCUACGACACAAAAAGUUGUUCCAUACUCAACCAAGUUCUUACCAGCUCCCCUAGUGGCUGAAUCUGGAAUUGUUUCUCACAGAUACCACUCGUCACUGAACAAUAUAAUUUGUGUUUAUAAAUUUAGCUUUGUUUACUGAAGCGAAUAUUCAGUAUAUAUAUAUUACAUUUUGGAAAGAAAUGUGUGUACAUUUUUUUAAGAAAAAUACAAAUGCUGUACAAAUUAUUCUUUCAUUAGACGACCAAUGAAGAUCCGCACAGAUGCCCCGUCCUGGGGGGGACAAAUGAGAUUAAGGCUUUUAAACGCUUGGCUCAACGUUUGGUCUUUUAAAGGAAAUGAACAUACGGUAGAGUGUUAGGUAAUGGAAACUUUUAAGUAUGGUUUCUCUGUUGUACUAUAUUAAGUUAAAAGUAUAACUUUGUUAAAAUGUUCUUGCUAAAAUACAGUAUUAAAACUUUUUUUGUUUGA